GAAUGCGCCUCGCUUAUAGGCUCUUUUAGUCGCAUGCUCUAGAAAUCACCAGCGAAAGAAUCCACCCCCCAUUGUCGCCAACUCCUUUCAUCGUCAUCAAAACUCAACAAUACCGCCAGCACCUGUCCCUCCGUCUGCUCUGCGAAACCACCUCGACACCCCAACCCACGCCUGAUGCCUCGCGUCAUCAUCCGGCAUAUACCACCUCGAUGACUUCGCCCCGUCAUUCUCUAAACGUGCGGACGCCAAUCUCGCCGACCUCCUCUUCAGGAGGUGGACUCCCGCUCUCGAUCCACGAUGAAGACCACCACCUUCGCAGCAGCAACCGGCACGGUGCCAACACGCACAGCGUGAUCUCGUCGCGAAUGACCGACAUCAGCGACAACGCAUCUGAGAUUAUGGGGCUCGCCGAGGCCCAGCAAUCGCAGUCGCAAGCAGCAGUUUCCCAAGCUUCUCCUCGGUCGUCCGCCCGUGGAGGACAUCCGCACCAUCACGCUACCCGCGCGUCGGUCGCCGACAUGAUGGACUCCUUUUCGACACGCCCGAGCACCGCCAUGUCGAAUACUACUUCCACAACCCAUAGGAACUGGCCGAGCGUCUCGGGCGGUAACAGAGGUCUGCCGUCAUCGAUCGCGGGUGGGAGUACGAGGGGUAGGCCCGAUUCGUCUGCGUCGCGCACGCACGCCCCGGGUGUCACGAAUCAAGCAUUCUAUCGACCGAUGAGCUCGGCGAAGCUGCAAGUGCAGAGGGGAAGGGUUACGGAGGAGGAUGAGGAGCAGAAUCGGAUCAGAGGGUUCGCGAGAGCUGCAACGAAAACGGCGUCCCCACAGCUCCCGACGAACAUGCCGAUCGUACAUCAUCACAAUCACAACAAUAGCUCGGGGCGCAUCGGGGAACAACAUCCGAGGGAUAUUUCGAUGUCGUCCACGGUCGAGCAGACUAUUCGUACGGCGCCUUCGCUCAACUCGACUGCUCCUCUCCGCGAUGAAACUCGGCAGAUCGUCGGCGAAGAUAAUUCGGUGCGAAAUGUGAACGUGAGGCGGAUGCCACAGCAUAGAAACUCGUCCUCGCACGGUGGCGAUUCGAGCAAUGGAUCGCGUUCGAGCAUAACGGCGAAACGACAGCAGCGACCGCCAAAACUCGGCAAAAACCACGAGUAUUUCCCCGGCAACAUGCGGUUCUGCUUUGGCGGUCGGUGGCAGACGGCUCGAGACUUUCCCAUGAACAUCCUCACGGGGAUUCUGGUCAGCUUGCCUGCGGCUUUGUUUUUUGGAUAUUCAGCCGGCUUUCUGUGGCAUAAUGUCUCGCCCGCACUUCCAAUCACCUUCGCAUACCUUUUCGCGGUCACAAUGAUGUCCUUCAUAAAGGCCGCAGUUUCGGACCCCGGAAUCUAUCCCCGCAACCUACAUCCUCAGGAUGCUUCUCCUCGCCCCGGUGACGACGCCCUGGCUGUGCCGCCACAGAACUCGUGGGCAUUAAUCCGACCGGCGGGCAACAACUCCCUGCACCUCGAGGUUCCCAUCAAGUACUGCCGCACUUGCAACAUCUGGCGGCCCCCACGCUGCCACCACUGCAAAGUGUGCGACUCAUGCAUCGAGACGCAAGACCACCACUGCGUCUGGCUCAACAACUGCGUCGGCCGCCGAAACUACCGCUACUUCUUCGUGUUCAUCACCUCAGCCACCUUCUUAGCACUCUACCUCGUCGCGCUGAGUUUAAUCCACCUGGUAAAACGAGAGGGGCCCUUCUCGAGUGCGAUCCACGAAGAACGGAUCCCGUUCGCCAUGGUGAUUUACGGAGCCCUCGCCGCCCCCUAUCCCGCCGCGCUGUGCGGCUACCACGUGUUCCUGAUGGCGCGCGGAGAAACCACAAGAGAGUACCUGCACGGCCACAAGUUCGUCCGUUCCGAACGCCACAGACCAUUCUCGCAGGGUACGUGGUGGAAGAACUUUGUGGUCGUCCUGUGUCGUCCCCGCCCACCAACAUACAUCGAGCUCAAGCGGCGGUACCACCGCGGCGACACGAGGUUCUCGGAUCGCCGCAUGAAGGAGGUUCGCCGCGAGGAGUGGGCGGCGCAGGCGAACGAGGCCGCCGCCGGACGAAGCGAUAGUGCCGCGGGGAAGAUGAGUGUGCGUGCUGAUGGGGGAGAAGGGCGGCAUGAGGUGGGACAGGCCGGGAGGAUACUCGCUAGCUAGCAGCAGCUGCCUUAGGCCAUUCCGUCAUUUACCUUUCACCAUUCCUACCGAUUAUCCUACUUUUACUUUUACUUUUACUUUUCUUGCUUUGGGCGAUGGAGUUGUUUCUUUUUUCUCGUUUUCAUUUCAUUUCUGGGCUGGUUUGGCUGGCUGGGUGGGGAACACAUCACUCGUCACUGUUCACUGUUCACUGUUCACU